AAAAAAAAAUUCUGUUACAUAGCAACAACAAUUAAUUCUGUAACAACUAUUCCAAAAUUACAUAGCAAUAACAGAAAUAAAGAGGAAUUUUUUUAAAAAAAUACAGAAGAUCUUGCUGCAACAACGUAAGACGGUGGCGCCGGUACGGUCGACGGCGAUGGCGCCGGUACUUUGAACGACGAGGAAAACGAAAACAAAUCAGAUCUAAAAAAAUCUACCAACAAACCUAAAAAUGAAAAAAAAACAGAAACAAAACUCGCAGAAACAAAAACGAAGAAGGAACUCAUCGGAGGCUGCGAUUAGCGUCGCACACUCUGAUAAAAUCAUAAAAUAAAAAAUUUACAGAUCUAAAAACAGAAAAAAAUAAACGAAAAGAAGAAAAAAAAAAAAACAGAUCUGGCCGGAAAUUCCAACGUCGCCUCUGCCCUCACCAUCUUCGAACGGUCGACGAUGGAGAAGCGUGGUUGUCGCGCGUUUACUCGCAGUACAACGGUCGACGGUGGUGGUUGUCGCGAGUUUCAAUUUUUAACGAUUGGCGAGGGAGAAUGAGGGAGGAGGAGAGGAGGAGAGAUGGAGAAAUGGGUUUCUGGUUUACAAUUUUUACCUCAUUUAAAUUUUGUGCACGAAAUUACGAUUUUACCCCCGGUAUGGGCAACUAUGUAUGGGCGUAUCACGACUCCCAUUUUCCCCCGCACAUUCUGACAUUAGGGUUUCCAUAGGGUUUAUCUUCCCUCCUUGGACCUUUCACACCCAUAAAAUCCCAAAACACCGAUACACUGAUCGAACAAACAAAACUCAGAAAAAUGCGUACCACGUGUGGUAUGGAGAUCCUCUCGGCGGAGGCAAUGUCAGCAGCCGGGCUCUCCGCCGACAAACUAAGCCUACAAAACCUACAAUCAAAGAUGAAGUGCGACCCAGAAAGUUAUGAAGCCGAACUACAGUUGAUUUACCAGCAAUUCAAAUCCUCUCUUGAGCUUUUCGAGCAACAAGCAGCUGUCAGCGCCAUUGCUGCCGACCCUUCCGUCGCCAAAGACCUCGGUGAAAAAUCCUUGUUUUUGGCUCAUUUGACUCAGUUUUAUCCUAAACAUCUUUCGCCUUUCCCUAAGCAGCUCGCUGAUCUUCUUCGGACUACUGCCCGCUCCUUGCCGUCUUCUCUCCGGUGUCAAUUGACUCAGGCGCUUAUUCUUUUGGUUAAUAGGAAGAUUGUUGCAAUGGGUGAGACAUUGGCAUUGUUCAUGGAACUUCAGACUUAUGGUGAUAGGAAUUUAAAGAAAUUAGCAUAUUCACACGUCAUUCGUUUUAUUCAGCGCAUUAAUAAGAAGCACAAGGAUGAGGCUAAAAAUAAGCCUCUUCAGAAUGUUCUUUUCCAAAUGCUUCAGCGUGAGGAAGAGUCUAUAGCAAAGAGGUCUCUUGUCGCACUUUGCGAUCUUCACCGUAGGAAAGUUUGGUCUGAUGAAAGAACUGUAAAUUCAAUUUGCAUGGCGUGCUUUCAUCCUUCUUCACGGAUCAUGAUAGCUGCUCUUUCCUUCCUUCUUGAUUAUGAGAAAAUUCAAGAUGACGAUGACAGUGAUGCGUCAAGCAGUGAAGAUGACGACCUAACUCAACAGCCCCAAGUUGUUCUCAGUAGAGAGGAAGUGUAUAAGGCUCACCAUAAGGGCACAACAGCUAGCAAAAAGAAAAAGAAGGCUAAGUUGCAACGUGUCAUGCGUAGCAUGAAAAGGCAGCAGCGUUCAAGUUCAGAGAAAACUGGUCCAAAUUACUAUUCUCCACUCGCGAAAUUGAAAGAUGCACAGGGAUUUGCGGAGAAGCUGUUUUCUCGACUUCAAAGCUGCAAUGAACGUUUUGAGGUUAAGAUGAUGAUGCUGAAAGCGGUUGCUCGGACAAUUGGGCUUCACCAAUUGAUUUUGCUGAGCUUUUAUCCCUUCCUUCAAAAAUAUGUGCAGCCCCAUCAACGUGAUAUAACUAAUCUACUUGCUUCAGCAGUUCAAGCGUGCCAUGAUAUGGUACCGCCUGAUGCUGUUGAACCUUUGUUCAAACAAGUUGUAAAUCAGUUUGUGCAUGAUCGUUCGCGUACUGAGUCAAUUGCUGUUGGAUUGAAUGUGGUCAGAGAGAUAUGUCUACGUAUGCCUCUGUUGAUGAAUGAGGAUUUGCUACAAGACCUUGUGUUAUAUAAGAAAUCACAUGAAAAAGCAGUUUCAAGUGCUGCUCGCUCCCUUAUCAGUUUAUUCAGAGAGAUUUGCCCUUCACUACUUAUCAAGAAAGACCGUGGUCGGUCUACUGAUCCAAAUGCUAGACCUAAAGAGUACGGGGAGGUAAAUGUUGCUACUGGUGUCCCUGGUGCCGAAUUGCUGCUGUCAGAUCAAGAUAGUGAAUUGGAGGAAAAUUGUCUCGGUGGUUCUGAAGAAGUUGGGAAAGAUGAUGAUGAUGUUAGUGAUGAUGCUGAUUCAACGGCUUACUCUGGUAGUGAGGAUGAUGGAAUAGAUGAAGAUGGUGUCGAGGCUAUGUCCGAGGAGGAUGAAGAAGUUGGUGAGGAAGGCAGUGAAGAUGACCUGGAGGAGAAUGAAGAAUCAUGUAGCUCAAGUGAUUUUGAUAAUAGUGAUGUAGAGAGUGAUGAUAGAAAAAGAGGAAGGAAGAGAAAAUAUGCUGAUUUGGACCAGCAAAUGGAUACUGCUAAGUCUAGUCUUAGAGCUCUGAAGAAAUUGACUGCAGCUAAGUUAGAACACACUGUAGAAACAGAUGAUCACAUUUAUUCUAAUGAGGACUUUCAACGAAUCAAAGAAUUACAGGAAAAGAAGAAGGCAAGAUUAACUUUGGCGCAGCAUGGUUUGUUAAAGGGAUCAAAUUCCAAGUCAGCAACUUUUAAGAUUCCAAGUGCAGACCAACUGAGUCUCAAGCCAGUUGAUCCUGCUAAACUUGAAGCAAAGAUUAAAAGAAAGAUGACCAAGGAGCAAAGAGUGGCAUUAAUGAAGGCAGGAAGAGAGGAUAGGGAGGGUUACAAGUCUAAAGCUGCUGUGAAGCAGAAGAAGAUGGGUGGCUUAAGCAAUCGACAGAAGGAACAUAAGAAGUUUAUGCCAAUUGCUGCAAAGAGAGGCAAGAUAGCAAGAUCCAAAGAAGAGAAAAAGAGAAAACAGUCGAGGUCAAGUAAACAGUUCCGUGGGAAGAAGGCAUGGAAGUGAUAUAUCUGCACUGAUUUUUGCAGUCUUGUAUACUUUUUGAUUAUUCAUUUUUGCUUUUACUCUUUUUCGUUUUCUUUUGUUUUUUGAGCUUGUGAAAUGUUGUUUAUACAGGCAAAAAUUUUUUGGUGUUUUUUUUUCUGUUGAAGGGAUGAUUGAUGUUA